AAAAUGAAAUGAAAACAAAAGGUCACGUCGCUCCUCUCUCGACCUCGUAGCCCAAAGCCUGGGUUAACCCAUCCGGUCUGUCUUCUUCUUCUUCUUCUUCUCUCUGUUUGUUCAGUUCGAGAAAAAGGAAAUUGGCUGGAUCCACUUUUCUCUUUCCUCUUCCUAAAGAGUUAAAUUUUAGGCACGAGAUUUGUCAUGAGAUUUUGGGUAUUUUUUGUCUGAAGAGUAUACCCCAUCUUUACAUAGUUAAACAAGGAUAGUUAGACUGAAGAUGAAUAUGCAUAGCAUAGCAGUAUGUAUGCCUGCUAGCAGGGAUAAGUUUUGGUGUUAUUCCGCUUAUAUUUUUUAGUAGAGAGCAGGAGAAGAGAGGAUGUCAACUGGUCGGAACACCCAUUGGUGUUAUAGAUGCAGAAGGUCGGUACGUCUCCAUGGUAGAGAUGCAGUUUGCCCCAGCUGCAAUGGAGGAUUUAUCCAAGAACUUGAUGAUAUGGUGCCUGGAAAUCCAUUUGAUUUCUUUGGUUUGGAUCAUGAUGAAGAUCGUGAUCAUGGUCUGGGAGCAUUCUCUGCUUUUAUGAGACAACGCUUAGUUGAAAGAAAUGACAUGAGGGGAAGAUCGGAGUCACUUUUUGAGCGUAGCCCGGGAUUCGGUCCUCUAUUAAUAUUUGGUGGUCAAAUACCGUUGAGAAACAGCAGGUUAGAAGCUCUCUUCAAUGGGGCUCCUGGCAUCGGUAUUACACGGGGCGAUAGUGGGGACUACUUUAUAGGCCCUGGACUGGAGGAGCUAUUCGAACAGCUAUCAGCAAAUGGUCAUCGGGGCCCUCCACCAGCAUCUAGAUCAUCAAUCGACGCAAUGCCAACAGUUAAUAUCACGCAACGACAUCUUCGCUCAGAUUCACAUUGUCCAGUUUGUAAAGAAAAAUUUGAACUGGGGUGUGAAGCAAGGCAGAUGCCCUGUAAUCACAUGUACCACUCAGAUUGUAUUGUUCCAUGGCUGGUCCAGCACAACUCUUGCCCCGUCUGCCGGCAGGAACUGCCACCACAAGGAAUAGGAGGUGGAGGUGGAGGUGGAGGUGGAGGUGGAGGUGGGGGACAUAACACCAAUGGUCAAAACCGAAGCAACAGCUACAACGGCAGUGGCUCCCGGGUCAAUCCAGGUAGACGCAAUCCAUUCUCUUAUCUGUGGCCAUUUCGGUCAUCUAGUUCUAGCUCCAACCAUGGGGGAGCAGGGAGCAGUGAACCGACGAACCAUCAGAUGGGGUAUUCAGGAUAUCGAUACACCAAUUCACCAUGAAUUGAAGCUUGAAGAUUGUUUGUUUGUGGUAUAAAGGGGUGAAGAUCGUCUCUAUAGACUUUGGAGGCCCCAGCAUUGUUUAAAGAAGAUACACAGGCUGUUGUAUUUUUUGUGCAAAUUUUCCUAUGUAAAUGACCUUAUAAUUUGUAGCUUCUUAUUGCUGCUGCUGCUGUUUCCUUCAUCUUCCAAGUCAAAAAGACGACACAUCAAUUAGCAUAAAAUGGGAAAAAAUUAUUUUCAUCUA